CCGUACGAGCCUCGUGGUAGUGCACGGGGGACCGCGAGCGGAACGCAGGACGAUUGGCAGCGCAGUCUCGAGUCUCGCGUCGACCGCAACGGUUUUCUUUCCCCGCGGCUGGGCUCCUCUUCAUGCUCGACUGCCUCCCACAGGAGCGACGAACCGGCCGCCGGCAGGUGUGCGGUGCAGCGGCGAACGACCGUGAACGAAAUUCGAAAGUCAGCCGGCCUGGGAGCCGGGCCAGUGUCCGACGAACGCGUCCCAAGCCGCUGGAAACGAGACGAUCCCGGGGGACCACCGGGGUUCGCCGGUUCGCCGCGCGGAACACGAGCAUAUCCCGGUACGAUGAAGGAUCCGCCGAGGAUCCAGGAAUGUUGAGCGUCGUUUAACGGAACGGCUUGACCAUUGUCCGCUAACCCGACGGUGGAGGAGGAGGAGGACGGAGAGAGGCUCCUCGAGGUGAACAAAGAGUCUGUUCGCGAAGAGGACAGGACAGAGGGCUCGCAGACUGAAGAGGCACGAACCUCUCCGCGUCGGAGAUCCUUCGCUCCAGGAUACCCGGACCGGUUUCCAGAAUGACCGAUCCUCGCUAUCCGACCGCGUGAUCCCGAGGAACGCGAAGCUCGCAAAGAGAACCGAAAAGGAAAAGGAAGAACAGACGGUCAGGAUUGGACGGGCUACUGUUCUCUGGGUUUUUGGGGAUGUCGGCCGAGGCGGGCUUCGUGGCCGGCGAGGACGCGCCUUCGACGCAGUCCUCUGUGCUACCGGAAGUGUUGAUGUUAUGACGAACGAGCGGGGCACGCGAGGCAGAUCGAACUAGUGAGAAAACGCGAACACACCGCGCAGGAACGGACGAGAGAAUCAGUGUCAAGCGCGCGGCGAUCUUCGGUUUCCUUCGGUUCUGGACUAUUCUUCCUGUCGGAUCUCUUUUGCUUCGGUUUUUACGCCUGCCUUCUACCGCUGUUUCGUCGCGCGCGCCCCGGCGCGCUGAUUUUCCACGCGGAGAACGGAGUUUCGUAACGAGCCGCGGCAGGAAAAGCUCGCUGCAUUUUUCACGUUGCUCCCGCUGGACCGACCGGGACAUGUCUGUCGGGACGGCGAACGCCGAGACAGCCAUGGACUGGCGGAGGGCCGUGUUGGCGUUUCUAUUGAUCACAAUAGCGAGGCACAGCAGCACACACGCGGCCCAAAUACCCCAGCAACCGGCGACGUCGACCGCGGCAAUAGCGAGCACCGUGCAAAUCGAGUGCGCCAGCGAGUCGAUAAUCGUGCACAUCUCGACCGAGGGAAACACGGACUUCCAUGGCCUGGUGUAUCCACGAGGUCUGUCCAAGAACAGCUCCUGCCUGCAGGAGUACAGAAGCCAGCCCACCCCUAUAACUUACAACCUGCCCUUGAGAUCUUGUAACACCAUGCCCACCGAGCUGGACGACGGUGGUAUCGAAUACUUCAACACGAUAGUGGUGCAGCCACACCUGAAGCUGGUCACGAACCAGGGCAGAGGUUUUCACGUGAGAUGUCGGUACCAGACGCGAGACAAAGUAGUUACGAACGACCAGACGCACGUGGCCAUGCUGCAGUCCCUGCCGUUGCAGGCAACAGCUCCUAUGCCAGGAUGCACGAUGAAGAUCUUCAGCGGAGAUCCAACGAGGCAUCAAGUGGCGGAAAACGUGAAGAUCGGAGACCCCCUGACCUUGGUCAUUAGCAUCGACAAACAGGAAAUGUUCGGACUGAAGAUCUCCGAUUGCCUGGUGCGCGACGGCCUGGGAUGGGGGGAGCAGAGGCUCAUAAACGAUGAAGGUUGCCCGGUGGACGGCGAGAUUAUGGGACAGUUCACGUACAACGAGGACAAAACGGAGGCGAAGGUGAACUUCCAGGCGCACAAAUUCCCCUAUACAGCGAGCGUCUACUACCAGUGCAACGUCAGAUUGUGCGUGAAACACGACGGAGGAUGCAGCAACACGCCACCGGCAUGCAAUUCGGUGUCGAGGCGACGCAGGGACACUGCGAAUGAGAACGCGGUGAAGGGUGUCGAGGGCCUGGACGGCGGCACACCGGCGACUAUCGAGGUUUACAGCGGACUAUACGUGAACGAAGCCUCGGACAUCGGCUCCAAGUCUGACUACAGCGAUGACGUCUUCAGAGAAAGGACAAUCGACGACCCAAACAGCAUCUGCAUCUCGCAAAGGAGCUUCGCCAUCGGGAUCGCGAUCGCGGGUCUGAUCCUGAUGCUCGCGGUGGUCGCCGCCAUUUUGGUUCUGCUCGCAAAGAGGCGGCACAAGAGCGUCUCGACGACAGGCUCGUCCAUUUACAGCGGUCCGUACACGAACACCGCGUACAGUCACAGCAGUUAAGUAACGCGCGCGCGGAACAAUUCGAGUGCCCGUCGAGAAACGGGACGGGAUCGUCGACGAGAAACGAGGGAAAGAAAACUGGAAGAAGGAGGAAGCGAGGUGAAAUUCAGACUCGACGAACUCUGAGCGCGAAGUCGAAGAGUCGACGACCUUGAGGAACGAUCCUUCAGGAAAAAGUAUCGGUUCCGGGGUCGCGGCGAGGUGCAACAGAAUUUAGGUGGAUUAACGAGAUACCUAUUGCUCAACUGCCGAUGCUAUUUGUCUCUAUUUGUUCAGCGAGGAAGUAGUUCAGAAGAACCGAUGGGUCCGGACACGUGUGACGAAGGUAUCAAGGAUCAGCCUAUGAAACUCCUACGCGCGACGCGCGAUUUUGUUACUAGUUUUCCUUUUUUUCAUAUCUGACAGAAAAUCUUGCCACGUUUCGUUGGUGACUCGACGCUGUAGGGUCCGCGAGAUGAUGACCUUUUCGUUUUGUCAAUUGUAUAAGCGUAGAGACAUUGGAGAGAUCAUUCUUUUAAGGAGAAGUAGAUAAUCGCUCUUUCGAGGAGGAAAAGCUCUUUCACGGAAAAAAUGGAGCUCUUUCGCGGAUCCUACAACGCACAGUUCUCAACCACUGCCCAAUUGAUACUGCCCAAUCGUAAAUUCCGUGGAAUCUCGUGAACUAUCGUUUCAAGCACGUGUCGCGACCUACGCCUUAGAGAAAAUGGUAGCCUAGCCCCGACUACUUGGAACGAAUCGACACGAAUCUCUAGGAUUACGUCUAAUAUAUAAAUAUAUAAAUAUAAAUAUGAAUAUAGAUAUAUACAUAUGUAUGUUAUAUACAUAUAAUUAAUGUUAUUAUUCUAUACAUACUGUAUACUAGUCCGGUAUACGCUGUCCUAGCUAACCCUAGCAGCCG